CGUCUGGCUUUUGGAUUUGUAAAAACGGAUCCAUCUGCGAGUCCGCUGUAGGGCGCCGUCCGGCAUGUCUUGUUUACGGCGAGGUAGGAAUACCAUCCUGCGGUCCAGCUAAGCGUUUUCAGAAUCCACUUCCAUCCCAGAAAUUAGCAGAAGAAGGCCAGACAAGGAGAAACAGAGAGAGAGAGCAAGGGGAUGUUGACUUAUCCCUCUGACUCGCUCCCUAAGAUAGUUUGUCCAAUGGAUGAAGAUGCUAUUCCCCCAAACCCUUUCUGUAGUGCACCUCCCCACAGUGAACCUCCACCACCCGUCCUCCCCCUUUCCUCCAUCACUCCCAGCUGUGCCCGUGAUGGAUCAUCUGGACACAGACGAAGCGGUCGCAUUCAAGCUGUCAGAGCUCAGACUCCUAACAAGCACAAUAACGCAGACACCCGAGCAGCUCAGAAACCGUCCAGGCAGAAUCCGUCUCCCUCGAAGAGAGAAAGGCAGCUUGGAAAUAUGGUGCAAGUGUCUCAGUCGAAGCAGCCAAGAGUUGAAAGAGCACAUGCGCAUGAGAAACAAAACGAGGAUGGAUUGGAUCUUAGUUUUACAGCAGAGCGCCAAAAUAAGCAAAGGAACCAGAAAAGCGCAUGGAAAAAAACAGAUGUGUUUCCUGGAGAAAGUGAAGUUGAGCAGUUGACUAAAAACGCUGCCAAGAAUGUCGACGCUGCUAAGUCUGACAUAAAUGCUUGCAGGGAAUUGGCUGCUGCAGACACUGUUGAAAAUGCGUCGGUACCAAAGGGAUGGGUGAUCGGCCCGUUGUUUCAGUCGUUCAAAUCGAAGAUGGCUAGUUUCACAGAGAUAGUUAUGAGCCCCGUUAAACUUUUCAGAGCCAACAGUCCUCCGCCGUCCAUGGACCAUCCAGACAAACUCAAUCAGUAUGAGCUAGAAGCCGCUGAGACAACGAAUGCUGAACACUCAGAGCCAAGCGAUAUGUUUCAUUCGGGACAAAAUGACUACAGGAAUCAGGACACUGAAACUACUCCGCAGAGGCUCAGCGAUGUAGAAACUGCACAUAAUACAGAAACAUUUGCGCUCAAAUAUUCUAAAAAAUUAGAUUUUGAUAUGGAGUUGUCAACACACAGUUCUGAACAGGCUGCUGAAUUUGCAAUAAAUCAGACAGAUAAAAUCUCACCUGAUUUAGUGCCUUUUACCCACACUCCUUUACCCUGCAUUGUUUCUGAACCAGUUUCAGAAUCUGUUGGGUUUAUUAGAUCGUCUAUCUCGUUACGGUCCACUGCCAAUGUAAGUGCCUCAAAUGAAUCCAAGUUGAAUACGUCCAGUGUUGUGGAGGACCAGAAGGGCAAGGUGGCAUCCCGGCUGAAAACACCAAUCAAAAGAUGUACAGGGAAUAGGACUGAGUUCAAGAAAGUUGACUCGAAGACUCUUAUGUCUGAAGACAUAAAGGAGGAGUGUGACUUAGAGGUCAAUGACGGGCAGCUUUCUCACCAGUAUUCUGUUAAAUCAAACAACGGCGACUCAGACAAAAUGCUGUCUUUGUCUUCUUCAGUUUAUCACACUCAGCCCGACUCGGACAGUCUUCAGCCUGAUGGCGGUGAUUGUGAUGUUGGAAUCGUGGACAGUUGCAGCUUGACUCGACAAAACCUCCAUCAUAACCUGAGUGACGGUGCUACUAAACAGACACUGGAGCCUAGUAUGGACACACUGCAGUCCGAGUAUCAGCUAGUCCCUGAAACAUGCUCUGGGAGAGCAAAGAGGGCGAUAAGACCAAACUGUAAUUUCCGAGAUUCUGUAAAAAGGAAAAGACUAAUAGCGGAUCCAGAGGAUACCAAAAAAGAGUUGUUAAACGUAACUUCAGAUACUGUCAAAAGGAGAGAGCUAAGACCACCAAGACAGGAGGUUGUGUUGUUAAAUACCAGUACAGAUGGGAAAGAAACACUGAAAGCUGCUAGAAAAAGACAGGCCACUUCAGCAAGAGCAAAUAGGAAAGGAAAAGGGGGUGAAGAAAUGCUUUCUACGAUAAAUGAAACCGUUUUACACAUGCAGACUGAAAGUUCCCCUGAUGCUAUGUUGAUUAGCUCACUGGAUAGAAGCUGUGGUGUGUUGGAGGACCAUCAGAAGGGCUGCAGCAGCAAAGCCAAGCCAAGCAGUUCCUGCAAAAGACAGAAGACUAGAACAGUUCUUAGUAAAGCUGAUGUGAACAUUGAUAACGGUAUGGAUCUGGAAACAACUGUGGCAAUCACUUCUACUAAACAAGCUGAGGAGGAGCCCUUAUCUGAAGUUCUUGUCCGUCCUGAUAUAAAGCAGCUACAGAACAAGUGCCGGAAUACGAACAAAAAGCCACUAAAACGGAAAUCGCCAAUCCAAGCGAGUUCCACGACUGAACCAGGCAGCACUUUGGUUUCUGACACAGUAAAAGUAUUAUUGGAGCCAUUAGAACUCAUGCGUGAAAAUCUGAAUACCUCUCAGCGUGUUCAGAAAGAAGAAAACUCGGCUAGAGGGCAGAGCCAGUCAUCCAAGAGACCCAAGAAGGGUCCUAGAGAUUCUGCUCAAUCAGCUAGUGGGACUCAAGAGACAAAGCAAUGUAUCAGCAACCCUCGAUUGUUAACCAAAGAUUGUCAGAGUAAAGAAAGCAAAUAUAAAUUCUCAACACACUCUGUGUAUUUUGAAAUGACACCCUUUGAAAAUAUUCCAAAAUCUCUUCCUUCAUCCUCCAAACUUGUUCAAGACUGUUCUGUACAGUUACACAACAAAUUUAAGCAUUUAACAGACGGGAAAGAAAAGUGUGGUGCCGAUGAAAUAUUUCUCACAGACUCUGAAGUUAGUAACAAUAGCACCAUCAGUCUCUCUCGACUAAGGUCCAGUACAAGAAGAGUUAACGUUAAGCCAAGGAGAGCAGACAACCAAAGGAGGAAAUGUAGGGCUUUGCAUAGUAGGAUGCAAAAAGGAGAAGAGAUGACAAAAUCUGUCACUAUGGAGGAUGCAGAGCUGGCUACAUCAGGUAGACGCUCGUUAGGAAAUGGGUCCUUGACGCGUCUCUUGCGCAGCUACUCUUGUCCAGAGAUCCCCUCCCUCUGUCACCAGGACACGUCCUGGACCUCCUCUGUGCUUUCACCACAUCACAGCAGGACUCACAUUUCCCACCACCACCAAUCCUCCCACAGUUCCUUUGUCUCUCACAAAUCCCAGCGGCGGGCUCGUCGACACACAGUCUGCAGUGUAGAGAUCGAGAGGGAGAUCGCUCCUCUGUGUCUUAGGAAGGAGGUGUAUCCGUCCAGAAGAUUGGCCUCGUACGACGCCCUCACACAGCACCUGUCUCCCAGUCUUGCACUUUCCCCCAGCUCAUCCCUUACAGCUCUAGCUUCCUGCUUCCUCUCAAGCCCCCUGGCUUUCCUUUCCAAGAAGUUUGACAGUAGGGGAGCUACUACCAGCAGCCCCAGCACUUCCACUCAUGUUUGCUCUCCCUCCUCCUCCUCUUUGCUGUCCCUGCUGAGCUCCUCCUCGUGGCAUCUUCAAGGAUUUCACACAAGAAAUGAUUCCUCUAGUGCUACUUUGGAUUCUAACAGCAGUGAAAACCAACUAGAGUGUGAGACUGAGAGGAGACAACAGAGCGAGGAGGAGGAUGACGGUGAAGACACAAGCUCUUCCAGUCAGGAGUUUGAAGACAUUGGGCUGAGAGAGGAGAAGGCCCUGUCUGACUCCGAAAUCAAGGUGGUGAAAAAGCACGAGGAGCGAGGAAAGGUUUCGUCGAUCAGAAUUCGUAAAACUUUACCCAAACCUCAGACCAACCUGACACCCAUGGGUCUGCCUAAACCCAUCAGGCUGAAAAAGAAGGAGUUUAGUUUGGAAGAAAUUUACACCAAUAAAAACUUCAACAAACCCCCUGAAAGCCGCCUGGAAACCAUAUUUGAGGUGCCUCUCAAUCGCAAGAACGGCUCUGAGUCCUGGUUCGGCCAAAGGCGCGUCAAGCGAUUUCUGGAGUUCCUGGAGGUCGGCGAGGCCAGAAAACCAAAGAAGCCUCUACUCGGAGUCGGAAAAGCAGGAAUUUCCUCCUCCAGGACAAGACGAGGAGGCUUCCCUAAAGACCAACCGUCCCUCAGCGUGCAAGAUAUGGACUCUCUGCUCUGCACGAAGCUCGAUCAGCUCAAUUUGUGGCUGACGCACGAUCAGAACGACAGUUGACAGGUGCCUCUUAAAUGUCGACUGUUUGGCAGCCUUUAAAAACAAUUUGAUGAAGAUUCACAUGUGAGUCUUCCAGCUUUUUCUAGUUUUUUCAUCAGCACAAUCAGUGUAUAAAUGUUGUGGUGACAAGUUCUAAUUGAAGAAUUUUCAUUCUGUAGCAUCUGUAGCCUGCAAGUUGAAGGACAGAACAUCAUAGCAUCAUAAAUGUAUCGCCUCAUAGAAGCUGGUUAUGAACAUAGUGGUCAAAUGCAUUAUACAUGUAUACAGUAAGAUACUUUUUCAUUUAUAUACAACCUCUGCCGUCCGUUUGUCCCCUCAGCCACUUCCCCUUUUCAAAAAGAGAAACAAAAGUUGAUAUACUUGUAUACUACUGCGCUAUUUCAGUAUUUUAAAUGUCAGACCAGUUUCAACAACUCUGCACAACCUCAAGAGAAAAUUCUGCUUCAGUAAAUUUUUUUCCCUAAAUGAGGAUACAGAUUGUAUGUGAUUUGUGUUGCGCUCUGUUUAGAAAGAACACAGAGCAUCGUGCUACUAGUAGUGACCUCGCAGCAUCGUCGUGAGUCGUUAAUAGAGGCAGCUAUUUUUAUUAAAUGCUGAAUAGAACUUUUAAACAUGCCAGCAACAGAUCUGUAUUUACUGCAACCAAUUUCACAAAGUUUUUUGUCCAUGAAAUUUAUGUACAAUCAAGUGCAUCUGUUAGUGUCUAGGACUGCCUAAAUCCUUUUACUCAGCUCAGGGCAGAGCCUUUUCAGUUCAUCACUUCUUUGUGUUUGUGUUUCGAAAAUAUAGCAUGAAAACAAUAAGGCACUCCAGGGAGCAUUUCUAAUCAUUAAUGGAAGCGUCCACUGCUGGCUUCUUUUUUAACCCUGUAGUUCUCUGAUUGUUUUGUAGGGUGACUUCUUGGUGAACUACUUAUCGAUGUAUUUUUUUUUGGGGGGAAAGGGCGUAUUUUUGCCAAACAUUGAGGUUGCCUUAACUGUAAAAUUUGUUGGCACAUUUGUAAUCGUUGCUGUUUUCUUUUUUUAUAAGGGCAUGUCAAAAUGCUUCAAAGCAACUCAGAGCACAAAGUUGUUGUUUUUUUUUGUCAUUUUAUUAUAAAAUUGUCUGUUUAUAUGUUUGUAUAAAAGUACAACAUACAGAUACAUUUGACAAUAAUAAAGCUAAUACAGUAACAAUGCAAUAAUGCCAAGUUAAUGUUGGCGCAACAAGAGCAGCUUCUUGUAACGUCCUGGUGAAACACUGCCACCAUCACUGCCAUACCAUUUUAGCUCCAGCACAGACCCAAUCCUUGAUAAAUACAUGUAUGUUGUUACAAUAGAGAUCUACAGAUUGACUAAUUUAUUAACUUUUGUAGUAUCUGCAAGUACAUACAAUAACUAAGAAUGACAGUAUGUUAAACUGUAAGAAAUAUUGAGGAUUGGGUUAUUACUGGAGGAUGACAGGCCUGAUCUUUAAUAUAUAAUGUAUAUGUGUCAUGUAGUGUCAUGUUUAAAAUGAUAGGCAAUGCUGGAUUUUAUAUGUUCAUUUAAAUUUGGUAAUGUCCAUAUGUUCAUAUAUUGUCGAAUAAAUAUUACAGCAUAUAAAAAAAGUGUAAAAAUUCCCAGAAUUUUAAUACCUUCUAGGGGGAUUGUUCCUUGCAUAAAAGAUUCUAAACAUAAAUUGGGACGGCAGUCUAUCAGCACAAGAAAGACUACUGCAGUCUUUUUUUUAUGUCCAUGUAACUUCCAGUUUCUUGAUAAGCAGCUUUGUACCGUCAACUGUCUGUCUCCGUUAACAUCCCAAAUCAGAGGAGUCACUCCGCUGGUUAUUUUCUGCAGACGCUGAUCAGUCUAGCAAAGUGAGAAGAUAUGAGAUCAGUCCCAUUAACAAGGGAAAUGACGCCACAAUCAGGACCCAAAUCACGAUGGAGAUGAUGCUGAAUUUUUUCGCCCGUUGUGAAAGAUUCUGAGCUGCUUCUAGAUCCUCCGACAUCUCGGCCUGUUGCAGUAAAGACAGGACACUAUUUAGAAUGAAGGGUAAAAACAGUGUAAAAAAAAUCUACACUUUAUUUGAGGCUUCUGUUUAACAUUUAGAGCUCCUUAGAAGGGUAACAAAGUGAGUACACUCCUUGUGCAAAAUCACAUGAAUGUCAAAUUAUUUCAAAUUGCAUUAUUUCAAUGUCGACAAGAAGAAUAUUUCCUAAUAUGAGUAAUGCAAAACAAAUGCCCCAAAGUAGAAACUCAGUGCAAUAAAACAAAUACAGUUGUGAUCACUGAAACAAACUAAAUUGCAAAAACAACCUGUAAAGACUAGUAUUUUCUAAGUGUGAGACUGUCUGAAUAAAAAUCCAUUUCAACAAGUAUCAGGAUAUAUUAAACCCAUCAUAGUAACACUAAUCAGAGCUGCAGCAGUUGUCUUAAAAUGAUGCCACUUUAACAAUCUUUCUCUGAAAAACUGAUGGCUUGAGAUUUGGCACCGGAGUUAUCGGUGGAAAUCAGAGUUUCUGUGGCAGCUCAGACAGUGUGAAGGACAUUCCAUAACAUCAACCUCUAUGAAUGGCGUCCAAGAAAAAGAAAACGAAGCCCUGAUGAAUGUUGGGAGCACAUUCUUCAGUCCGAUGAGAUCAUGAUAAACUUAUUUGACUCGGACUGUUUGGCGUGCACGUUUCCAGGACUGUCGCAGUGAAUGCACGGUCCUGACAAUGAAGCAGAGAGGUGGGAGCGUGACGAUGUGGAGCUGCAUCAGACCAGAAGGUGUUGGGGAGAUGAUAUUUAUAUAUGUAAAAACUUAAGACAUACAGCUGUGUGUUUUUACAGUGAACUGCCGAAUUCAAUAAAAUAAACUAAUUUGCCUGGA